AUGGCUGAAGCAAUCCUCUGCGGAGUUACACAGACCAUAAUGGAAAAUUUGGGCUCUGCGGCUUUUGAAAAUUUUGGACCACUGUGGAAUGUUAAAGAUGACAUUGAAAGCAUCAAGAACACAGUGUCCAGAAUACAAGCUGUCCUUCUGGAUGCAGUGGAGCAGCCGAACCGCAACCAUCAAGACAGGGACUGGCUCGAAAAGCUCAAGGACGCUUUUUAUGAUGCAGAUGACUUGUUGGGUGAGUAUAAGUUCCACAUUGAAUUAGAUUUGCAGCAAGAAGAGACUAGUGGGAAUACUGCAGGAAAGUUGCAGAACAAAUUGGAAGCACAAAACAAAACCAGGCAUAAAUAUCUAUUUAGAACCUUUUCAGCAAGUGCAAGGAGUAUACGAAUCAGGGAAAAAGAGAGUGAUUUUCACAAUGAGAUGGCUCCAAGUACUUCCGCAUUAAAGAAAUCUAAUUCUUAAGGUGAAGCUGAAACCUUAGAAUAUAUAUCAGUGAUUCGAUUCAGUCAAAGGGUAACCUGGAAGAAGAGAAAGAGUAGGGCCCCUUUUAUAAUAACUCGUGAAUAGGUUGGUAAAUUGGGGUUACAGUGCUGAUAUCUUGUGUAUUCUGCAAGGAGCAUUUGGAUUGGAGGGAUCAUUUUUUCAUGAUUACUGUUCUACUAGAAGAUCAUGACAGCAAAUGUUGAAAACGUACUUGGUUAUUCUGCAGCUUGUUGCUUGAUGAGAUCCUUUCUUCUUGAUAUUAUUGAAAUCCACAUUAGCAUGAUGAACAUUUGUUGUGAUCCAAGAAUUGUGUUCCUGAUGUUUUGGUACCCUUCAACAUUUGUAUUGGAUAAAAUUGUUGUAAAUAAACUCAUUAUUCAACAGUGGAAAAUUUUUACAGGACUAGGUCCCGUAGUUUUUUCCUUCUUUUUGGAGGGUUUUCCACAUAAAAAUCUAUGUCUCGAUUGUGAAUUGUUAUUGGAUAUUUUUGUUUGUGUU